AUGGGUUCUUUAACCGACAGCAAAAUCACCAUAGCCGUCAUCGGGUUCGGCAUCAUCGGCCCACGGCACGCCGACGCGAUCCUGCAGAACGACAACCUCGCCCUCGUCGCCAUCGUCGACCCCAUCCCCCAGCCAGCAGCCUCGAAAUACAGCGCAGCCUUCUACCAGUCCAUAGACGACCUCCUCGCGUCCCCGCACAAGCCCGACGCAGCCAUCGUGUGCACCCCGAACCACACGCAUGCCGCAGCCGCCAAGGAGCUCGCAGACGCGGGCGUCCACAUGAUCAUCGAGAAGCCCUUCUCCACCUCCGCGCAGAGCGGCAGGGAGUUAGCAGCGCAUUUGGAAGGGGCGCGCGUGAGGGCGGGUGUAAGGACACUGGUGGGCCACCAUCGCCGGUUCAACCCGUAUGCCGUGGCGACGGCCGAGGCGAUAGGAUCGGGGUCGCUGGGGAGGAUCGUCGGCGUGAACGGGCUGUGGGGUGUUCUCAAACCGAUGUCGUAUUAUGACGCCGAGUGGCGGAGGACGAAGGCCGGCGGGCCUGUCCUGAUCAACCUCGUCCACGACGUGGACCUGCUGCAUUCCUUCCUCGGCCCCAUUGUCCGGGUCCAUGCUGAGAAGACGCCUUCGCGGCGGGGUUUUGAGUCCGAGGAGGGCGCGGCCAUCAUAUUCAGGUUCAAGACUGGCGCCGUUGGCACGUUCUUCCUCUGCGAUAACGUCGCGACGCCGUUCGGCUGGGAGUUUGGCACUGGGGAAGAUCCGCGGUUCCCACUUAGUAGGCAGGACUGCUAUCGCAUAUUCGGGACGGAUGCUACGCUGAGUGUUCCGGAUAUGACGAGGUGGUCGUACGAUGGCUGUGCGGUCAAGAGCUGGGAAGGGGAGAUGACGUCGCAACGGCUGGAGGUGGACGCUGGGGUGGCGUUUGAGCGGCAGCUGGCGCACUUUGUGGGAGUCAUCCGAGACCGGGAGGAGCCAAGGUGCACGCCGGAGGCGGGGUUGGCGGCCCUGAUUGUUUGUGAGGCCGUAAAGAAGUCGCUAGAGACAGAAGCGCCUGUAGAUAUUGAACCAUAUAGUUUGUAA